AUGGAAAAAGAUGGUGCUCCACUUGGUACAUUAUGUGGUGGUCUAGCACGUAAUCUAUGUGGUGGAUUUAGUCCAAAUGAAAAGUGUCCACCAGGUUAUACUCAAGUUGAUCAAUGGAUAUGUUAUAAAAGUGAUUCAAAGGUAGAAGAUGCGUCAGGAAUAGUUUGUGGAGUGAUUAGUGAUUAUAUUGGACAGACAUGUAAUGGAUUACCAUUAAGAACUUGUCCAUUUGGAUAUUAUCCCAUUGAUUAUGAAGGAGAAUGGGAUUGGUAUGCUUGUUUUAAAAAAUAG